AUGUCGUCCUUUCGAUCAUCUUUCUCUUUCUUUCUUAGCUUGACGCUUAGUUAUUCUGUUUUUGCGCAGACUCAAAAUGUUCAGUUCAAUCAAGUAAUCAACUUGAAUGGUGAUAUGCAACUUAAUUCACUCCAGUUUCCUGAUAAUUCUAAAAUCGAAACCUUCUCUCAAACCCAGCGACAGAUUCUUGUUAACCAGAAUACGAGUCCGCUUACUGCAAAUCAUGUCGUUGGUUCUUCGGGUCAGCCUUUUGUUCAGCUUUCGCAAAAUGCUAUGACUAUCGAGACGAAUAAUGCUACGGAUCUUGUUGGUGCCCAAAUCGAGUUUCCUAUUGAUCAGGCGACACUUGAUCAAGCUGGUGUCACGGCGGAUAAUACUUUCGUUGCAAAGUUGUCUCCUGAUAGACAGGCUUGGAUAGUUAUGGAGGGCCAAAAGAGCGUUAACACCACUGACAAUACCGUCCGCUUAAUCAAGAUGAACAACAUCGACGGCGAAUACAUGGCCAUUGGCAGAAAGACUGUGGAGACAAGCAAUGUUGUUAGUCCCUUUGGUCAAUCACAGCAACAAUCUGUCAAUGUCACUGGGUCUGGUAUUCAAGAGCUUGAAUUCCAGGAUGGUUUCCGAAUGGCUGUUAUGGCUACUCAACCAAUGACCAUCAAUACCGAUGUUGUCAACGGCGUCAGCUCAUCGAUGCUCGGCAGUGGUGAGAUGACAGUUAACAACUACAGAUAUCUGGUCACAAGUAAUCUUGCAGGCGUCAACCCAGGUCUCAACCAAAUGAUGACAGUCGUCCAACUCCCAAUAAACGCCCAACGCAUAAUGGACAUGGCAAUCCGCACCGGCGCCGGCCCAAACAGCACCGUAACCCUCGCCAUCGCCCAACGAGUCGUCCUCCCUAACCCAGGCGGAGCAGUCGGAAACCUUUCACCCCAACCCCAACGCCGUCAAGCCGACAACACCACCGCCGAAGCCCCUGCCGCAGGUAACACCACCGAGCCAGCUACAGACCCAGCAUCCUCAACCGCCGCUUCAGAUCCAGCAGCAACAUCGGCAGCCACAGACGCAUCUCAACCCCAACCUCAAGCCGCUCAACCCGCCGCCUCAAACCCAGCAGCAACCCAACUCCUCCUCGCACCCACCUUCUCCACUCUCACUUCCGCAACCGUAAUCGACGCCGCGAACGGCCGCAUCGCAGCCGCUGUUCCACAGGUCGACGGUGAGUUCAUUAUCACAAUGCAGAUGGGCGGUGCAGCGGGUUUACAACCGGCUGCGGGAUUACAACCAGCUGGAGCACCACGAGCUGCCUCCGCGCCCGGGGGAACGACGAUGUCGAUGGUUGAGUUGACGCGUAUGGUGAAGAGUCAGGAGAAUGGAGGAGUGAUGCCGGUUUGGAGUAUGAUGAGUGAGUUGCAGAGUCAGAUGGCUGCUGCUGCUGCUGUGAAGCCUGUGGGGUUUGCGAGACGGGGUCAGUUGUAG